UAUUUGUUUACAAAUUGCAGGCGGCGUGUUUUCUUUAAAUUAUUGAACUAAACAUUUAUCAACAAGUAAAAAGUUAUAAAAUGAGUUUCCUUAAGCCAAAAGAAGUAAUUGAAGAGGGUGAUACAGUUAUACUUUAUCUCACUGUAAAUUCGAUGCAUGCCAUUGAAGCAACACCAACAAUAGUCAACAAAAAGGGCGAAACCAUUGAAUAUAUAUUUCAAACCUCAUACGGCGCGUUAAAGGUGCGCAAUCUAAUUGGUGUCACUUAUGGUUCGCGGGUGGAACUCUCGAAAGGGUGGGCCUAUGUACUGCAGCCAAAUCCAGAAUUGUGGACCCAAACGCUGCCGCAUCGCACACAAAUCAUUUACACACCCGAUAUUAGUAUGAUACUCUUCCAACUCGAAGUUCGCCCUGGUUCAGUGAUAGUUGAAUCUGGUACUGGCUCAGGUUCACUGUCACAUUAUUUUUUACGUGCUAUUAAACCUUAUGGUCAUUUGCACACAUUUGACUUCCACGAAGCGCGAGUGCAACAAGCGCGUGAAGAAUUCGAACGACAUGGUUUAGGUGAUUUUGUAACCGUUUAUCAUCGCGAUGUGUGUCAACUGGGUUUUAGCAAUGAGUUGGAAGGCAAAGCGGAUGCAGUAUUUUUGGACUUGCCAGCACCUCAGCUAGCGGUACCAUUUGCUGCUAAAACACUUAAAACGGAAGGUGGACGUUUCUGUUCAUUUUCACCUUGUAUUGAACAGUCCCAACGUUGUUGCAUCGCUUUACAAGAACAUGGAUUCACAGAGAUUCGUUCAAUGGAAAUACUACAGCAGGAGCAUGUUGUUAAAACUAGAACAUUGCCCGUGCUAGAUUUAGAGUUCCUGAAGCACAAGAAACCCUCUUCUCAAAAAUUGGAUGAAUCGAGUACUAAUGAAAUCAAUGAAAAGACAGAUAAUGUAAAAACUCCGAAAGAAACCAAGAAAGUGCUCACAUCGUGUGCGCCACCUACCCUACCAGGCCACACAGGAUAUUUGACAUUUGCAACUCUUCCCCCAGCCUUCGUACGAUAGCAAAAGUUCUUCUACAAUUCAAUAUUAAAAAUAUGUUGUAGUACCAUAAAAUAAGUUUACAAUGUAUAAAUUGUCAGUUGUAUAAAUAUUUUUACAAACCCCCAAAAAACUAA